AAAGUGUUUGAAAGUCCAAUAUGAAUCAAUACCUGGUGUUUGCUCUCGUCUUCGUGGCGAUUCUGUUCCUGGCCAGCGGACAUCCUUUGGAGGAUCAGAAAAUUACCCUGGAAGAGGUCGAAGUUCAGCCGGGAAUCGAUGAUGGAACUGGCGCAAGAGCUGCCCGAGGCUUUGGAGGAUUCGGAGGAUAUGGCCGACGUGGCGGUGGAUACUGCUGCGGAGGAGGAGGAGGUGGUGGCUUCCGUCGAGGAGGAUACGGUGGUGGUGGCUAUCCCCGUGGAGGCUACGGCGGCUACGGAGGAGGCAGUGCAUCGGCAUCGGCGUCCGCUUCAGCCAGUUCCAGUUGGGGACGUUAAUAAUUUCAAUUUGCUUCACUUUAAUUGAGACGAAAAUAGAUAAAAGUCAAGACGAAAACAAAAA